GGAAGCUCUCAAUACAAACAUAAGGUGUGAGUUCAAGCAUAGAAGAACAAAGCUCCCUAUACCUAAUACCUCUCUGCUACUUUAGCACUUUGCCACUUCUGAACUUCAGAAAAUGGAGAAGAUGAGUUGGACAGUUUCAGAUGCUGUGGACUAUAAAGGUUUCCCUGCUGAUAGGUCCAAAACUGGUGGUUGGGUACCUGCUGCUCUCAUUUUAGGGAUCGAAAUCGUUGAGAGGCUCUCCACCAUGGGAAUUGCUGUCAACCUGGUGACAUACAUGAUUGGAGUCAUGCACUUCCCAAGCUCAACUGCAGCCAAUACAGUGACUGACUUCAUGGGCACAUCAUUUCUCUUGUGUUUGCUUGGAGGUUUUCUAGCAGACUCCUUCCUUGGCAGAUUCAAGACCAUUGGAAUAUUUGCUUCCAUACAAACACUGGGUACUGCUACAUUAGCAAUCUCAACAAAAUUGCCACAGCUACGUCCCCCACCUUGCCAUGCCAUGGAAAAUUGCAAGCCAGCCAAUGGAUUCCAAAUGGGAAUCUUAUACAUGGCUCUAUAUCUCAUCGCACUCGGAACCGGUGGCUUGAAAUCUAGUGUUUCAGGAUUUGGUUCUGACCAAUUUGAUGUGAAAGAUGAGAAGGAGAAGUCUCAAAUGACCUAUUUCUUCAACAGGUUUUUCUUCUUCAUCAGUUUUGGAACUCUGGCAGCUGUGACAGUACUUGUUUAUAUCCAAGAUGAAGUGAGUCGAAGUUGGGCCUAUGGAAUAUGUUCUGUUUGCAUGGUCAUAGCCAUUUUGGUGCUGUUAUCAGGCACUAAGAGAUAUAGGUACAAGAAGAGUGUGGGAAGCCCCAUUGUCCACAUUUUCCAAGUUAUAGUUGCUGCAAUUAAGAAAAGGAAGAUGGAACUACCUUACAAUGUUGGCUCUUUGUAUGAGGACACUCCAGAGGAUUUAAGAAUAGAGCACACUGAUCAGUUCCCUUUCUUGGAGAAAGCAGCUAUUGUGGCAGAAGGUGAUUUUGAGAGGACUUCAUCAGGUUCUGCUCCAAACCCAUGGAAACUUUGCUCAUUGACAAGGGUAGAGGAGGUUAAAAUGAUGGUGAGGCUUCUACCAAUAUGGGCAACAACCAUCAUAUUUUGGACCACAUAUGCACAAAUGAUCACCUUUUCAGUUGAGCAAGCAUCCACCAUGGAAAGGAAUAUUGGAAAUUUCCAAAUCCCAGCAGGUUCCCUCACAGUCUUCUUUGUGGCAGCAAUCCUAAUCACUCUUGGUGUAUAUGAUAGACUCAUCAUGCCCCUUUUGAAGAAGUGGAAUGGUAAACCAGGUUUCACCAACCUACAAAGGAUUGGAAUUGGACUUGCAUUGUCCAUUCUUGGAAUGUUGGCUGCUUCUGUAGGUGAGAUGAAACGUUUGUCCGUGGCUAAAGGAGCAAGUGGUCACAAUACAACACUGCCCAUAAGUGUUUUCCUUCUAAUUCCACAGUUCUUUUUGGUUGGUGCUGGUGAAGCAUUCAUAUACACAGGCCAGCUUGAUUUCUUCAUAACACAAUCACCAAAAGGAAUGAAAACCAUGAGCACCGGUCUCUUCCUCACAACUUUAUCUCUCGGUUUCUUCGUCAGCAGUUUCCUUGUCGCGGUUGUGAAGAAAGUAACUGGGACAACAGAUGGGCAGGGGUGGCUAGCUGACAACAUAAACAAGGGAAGGCUUGACUUGUUCUAUGCACUGCUUACCAUACUGAGUUUCAUCAAUUUUGUAGCAUUUGUGGUGUGUGCACUCUGGUACAAGCCAAACAAAGCUAAACCAUCUAUGCAAAUGGGGGCAAUCAAGGGUUCCUCGGUUGAGGAGAAGUGCUGAAGAUGAAGAGUGAAGACACUGAGGAUUAUCUUAGCAUUGGGGACUAUACUCAUUAUUAUUAUGGGUUUGGUUUUGUUGACUGUAGAUAGGAAGUUAUAUACCUAUGUAUGCAUCUUAAGAACGGUUUUGAGUUUGGUUUAUUUUAGUGAUAUCAUAGAAAUAAUUAAUGUUCAGGUUGGUUUCUUAUGUGUGAAAUUGUAACAUAUUAGUUGGUCUUUCAAGCUCUUGCUUCAUUUUUCUCAAACAA